AUGGUGGAAGAUACGACCCACCAUGAAGAAAAUGUCGUUGAUAUAACAGCCGAACAAAACUUAAAGGAAGAACAAGCUAAUGCCAAUGUGAAGCCUCCAUUAACCUCAGCAGAGUUAGCUGAGCGCCAAAAGAGCUACUUUUUACAAAAAGACGAUGAAAAUCUUUCAAAACAAAAACGCGAAGACUCGCUAAACAGAUUCCAGUAUCUUUUGGGUCUUACAGACCUAUUCCGCCACUUUAUUGACGAUAGAACCCAAAGAGACCCGAUCUUUGCUGAAAUCAUUCAAGAAGCUGAUAGUAGAUUGAAGAAACAGCAAAGCAAAUCCCAAUCUGAUGGAAAGAGCAAUCGUCAACGCAAAACUGAAAAGGAAGAAGACGAUGAGUUGCUUCGAGUGGAAAACGAAUCUCUUGAAAAUGAAUCUUCUCAAGAUUAUACGGUUUUUACUGAAUCCCCCGGAUACAUCCACGGCAAAAUGCGUGAAUAUCAAAUUCAAGGUCUAAACUGGCUCGUAUCACUCUAUGAAAAUAGUAUCUCGGGCAUUCUUGCAGAUGAAAUGGGUUUGGGUAAAACAUUGCAAACAAUUUCUUUUUUGGGAUACCUUCGUUACAUGCGAGGUAUUGUUGGCCCGCACAUUGUAAUAGUUCCCAAGUCUACUUUAGAAAAUUGGGAACGUGAAUUUGCAAAGUGGACUCCUGAUGUUCGCACCCUUGUGCUUCAAGGUGACAAGGAACAUCGUGCUAAUAUUGUGAAAAACAAACUUCUUACUUGCGACUUUGAUGUUUUAAUUACGUCCUAUGAAAUUGUUCUCCGUGAAAAAUCUUAUCUGCAACGGUUUGCGUGGCAAUACAUUGUCAUUGAUGAAGCCCACCGCAUCAAGAACGAAUCAUCUUCUCUCUCUCAAAUUAUCCGAGUUUUCCAUUCGAGAAACAGAUUGCUUAUUACAGGCACGCCACUUCAAAACAACCUGCAUGAACUUUGGGCCUUACUCAACUUUAUUCUACCAGAUGUUUUUUCUGACUCGGCCCAGUUUGAUCAAUGGUUUGAGUCGCAAAAUGGUGACCAAGACAUGGUAGUCAAGCAACUUCAUAAAGUUCUUCAGCCAUUUUUACUUCGGCGUAUCAAGGCCGAUGUCGAAAAAUCGCUCUUGCCCAAGAAAGAGAUUAAUGUUUAUAUCGGCAUGUCUGAUAUGCAACUAAAGUGGUAUCAAAAGAUUCUUGAGCGUGAUAUUGAUGCUAUUAACGGCGUUGGAACUGGUGGUCGAGGAGACAAGACCCGGCUGCUAAACAUUGUGAUGCAGUUGCGAAAAUGCUGUAAUCACCCAUAUCUUUUCGAAGGUGCUGAACCCGGCCCUCCAUACACAACCGAUGAACAUUUGGUUUUUAAUGCUGGUAAAAUGGUUAUUCUCGACAAGCUGCUGAAAAGAUGUCGUGAGAAAGGCUCUCGUGUGCUUAUUUUUUCCCAGAUGAGUCGUAUGUUAGACAUUCUUGAAGAUUACUGUUUGUUCCGCGGUUACAAAUACAAUCGCAUUGAUGGUGGCACCGCGCAUCCAGACCGUAUCCGAGCUAUCGAUCAGUAUAAUCAACCUGGCUCUGAAAAAUUUGUCUUUCUGCUUACAACUCGUGCCGGUGGUCUUGGUAUUAACUUGACUACUGCCGACACUGUUAUUCUUUAUGACUCGGACUGGAACCCUCAGGCCGAUUUACAGGCCAUGGAUCGUGCUCAUCGUAUUGGUCAAACCAAACAGGUUUAUGUGUACAGAUUUGUUACAGAAGAUGCUAUUGAAGAGAAGGUAUUGGAUCGUGCUGCUCAAAAGUUACGAUUAGACCAGCUUGUCAUUCAGCAAGGGCGUGCUAAGCCAAGUGGUUCAAAUCAGGCUGCUUCUAAGGACGAGCUUCUUAAUAUUAUCCAGUAUGGUGCUCAAAACAUCUUAAAAAAGAACGCGGCGAAAACUGAGACAGAAAAUGAAUCUGGUAGUGGUGAUGGUAGCUCCAUUGGCGACGAUAUUGACACUAUUUUGGAGCGCGGUGAAAGCAAAACCAAGCAAUUGGUAUCUCGAUACGAGAAACUCGGUUUGGACGAUCUUCAAAAGUUUACCACCGAAGGCAGUGCCUACGAAUGGAACGGAAAAGAUUUUAAUAAGAUCAAUAAUGAGAAGCAAACAUCUAAUUUCCAAUGGAUUUCAUUGGCCAAGCGUGAGCGCAAAGAAAACUACUCUAUUGAUGGCUACUACAAAAAUGCUAUGACUACUACUUCAAGUACUCCAGCAAAGAAGGCUGAGGACAAACCUCAAGUUCCUAAGGGUCUUAAGCAACUCACAAUUCACGAUUUUCAAUUUUAUCCUCCUAGGCUAGUUGACCUUCAAGAAAAGGAGCUGGCUUAUUAUCGCAAACAGAUUGGAUUUAAGGCUCCGCUGCCUUCCAAUAAGGAUGAUUUGGAGGAUCGAGAAGCUGAACAGAAACUUGAGCAAGAAGAAAUUGAUAGUGCAGAACCUUUAACUGAAGAAGAAGUCGAAGAGAAGACCCGGUUGGCUCAGUAUGGUUUUUCUAAAUGGAACCGUCGCGAUUUUUCGCAAUUCAUUUCUCUCAGCGGUAAAUUUGGACGUAAUAACUACGAAGAUAUUGCAGCUGGAAUUGAAGACAAGUCUGUGGAUGACAUAAAGGAAUAUGCCACUACAUUCUGGAAACGCUACAAGGAGAUUGAAGGGUACGACAAGUAUAUUUCGCAGAUUGAGAAUGGAGAGGAAAAAGCGCGUAAAGUUCAACGUCAAAAAGAUAUGCUUCGCAGAAAGAUCGAAUCAUAUACCGCACCAAUUCAACAACUUCAGUUAGGUAUUGCUCCUAGUGGUCAUGGACGUCGUAUUUACAGUGAUGAGGAAGAUCGAUAUUUGCUUGUUCAAAUGAAUCGCUUUGGAUUGGAUGCGGAUGGUCUUUAUGAAAAGAUUCGCGAUGCUAUUCGCAACUCGCCCAUGUUUCGGUUCGAUUGGUUUUUGCUGUCGCGUACACCAAUUGAGCUAAGUCGACGCUGUCAUACACUGUUAGCUUGUGUUGUCAAGGAAAUGGGUGGAGAUGCUGCGGAUGCAGGAACUGGGACCAGUACUCCCACUGGAAAUGGGUCAAGCAAUGGAAAAGCUUUGUCCAAACGCAAAGAGUCAUCGGUUGAUAUUGAUAGUGAUGCUAGCACUAACGGAUCCAGAAAGAAGGCAAAGAGCACCGGUGCAAGCACUCCUACAACAACUAAAAGCAAACGCAAGUCAUCUUCUCGAGCGACUUCUGCUUAG